UCGGACGAAUGCCCCGACCGCGCCACCCUCGCCGCCGUCUACGACCUCCCCAUCUUCGCCGCGGACGGCAGCGCGCGGCCCUUCGGCUCCCUCUACGACCCAGCCUACGCCCUGCACUCGCGCCAACUCGUCCUGUUCGUGCGACAUUUCUACUGCGGCGCGUGUCAGGCGUAUCUGCAGUGUUUGGCGAAGAGCAUCACGAAGGAGGAUUAUUUCGGCAUACCCGUGCCCACCUCCAUUAUCGUCAUUGGAUGCGGUAAACCCGAUCUAAUCCCGCACUACAAGAAAUUCACCGGCUGCCCCUUCCCCAUCUUCGCGGACCCAACCCGGCAACUCUUCAAAAAGCUGGGUAUGGUCGUCAGUCUCAGCAUCGGCAUGGUGCGGCCGGAGUAUAUGAAGGAGAUCUCCGCCCCGGCGUGGUUGGCAGGGCAGGUGACGACGAUCCGCAAGAGUUUGAAGGAUCCCGAGGGGAUCCGGAAGCGGGAUAUUGUGCGCGGCGGGAAUCCGAUGCAGAUUGGCGGCGAGUUCCUGUUCGAGGACGGCGAGGUGGUGUGGUGCCAUCGCAUGCGGAAUUAUCGGAAUCAUGCCGAGGUGCAGGUGUUGAGGAAGUUGUUGGAGUUGGAU